AUGGUUAUUACGGUCGUUGAUGCCGCUAUUGCAGCUGGUCGUGUUCCCAAUAAUACCUCAGCCGACUACCUGAACGAAAGUCGAGACCGGGAAACGAUCAUUAUCAUAUUCUUCGUUUAUGGUCUGACAUUCGUUUUUGUUAAUUUCCGGAUAUGGUCGCGGGUCUUUCUCAUCAAGCGCUUCGGUUUGGAUGAUGGACUAGCAGUGCUCUCUCUGAUUCUCACGAUCCCCUUCCUGGUUAUAUCCUAUAAACUCACGGAAAUCGGAUCUACCCGCCACUACGCCUACUUGCAGUAUGUCAUGUCCGAGGAUGAUGUUGGGCACAACCAGAGCUGGGACGUCCUCGGUCACAUCUUUUAUACAACUGUGAUGCUUCUCUGCCGCCUUUCCGGCCUAGCUUUCUACUAUGACAUCUGUAGCAGCCAUCCGGGGUUUCUCUUGAGUAUGAAAAUACUUGCUGGGAUCUUGGUCACGACUUAUAUCCCACAGCUCUUCGUCUUUAUUUUCCACUGCGUCCCGAUUUCGGGACUCCGAUGGCCUUAUGAGUUCCAGCCGGAAUGGGCCGCCACCAGAUGCAUUCCAUGGGGAGUUGUCUAUCGCAUCAACUCAUCCCUUUCUUUCGUUUGUGAUGUGCUUCUGUUUAUACUCCCGGUGAGUAUGCUGCACAGUUUAUACCUGUCGCGGAGACGCAAAAUUCAAUUGGCAUGCGUAAUUUUGCCUGGAAUUUUCGUUAUCGGAAUCUCGGCAGCUCGUCUUAUUCUAAUCACACAAUGCCAGUGGGAUGCCGACCAUAGUUGGGAAUACGGUCCUCUUCUUGCAGUGGAGGUGUCAGAAAUUGGCUUCACCCUCAUCGCCCUCUCCAUCCCAGGCAUCAAGCCCCUAUUCGACAAAAUGGUUCUCCAUAAAGAUCUUCAUGGCUCAUCGUGGAGCAUCUCACAACGGAGGAGAAUAAUCACAUUCCGGCCGAGAGGCAGCAAGAAACGACACCAUGAAGGGGUAUAA